AAAAGUUUUCGCAAUAUUACUGUUUCGCAUCAGAUUCUAUUCUAUCAAUUGUAAUUGUUACGUAUAUGAUACAAAAGAUCUACUGACCCUCAGCCGAAUUGUCGAACAAUAGCAUUACGCGUUUUCAUAGAGAUUCAUCCGAGUUAUUCGUUCUUGUUCGUUUAUCGUUUCUGUGUAGUGCAUUAAUUACCAUAACUUAUUACUAUUACUAUUGCUUAUUAGUAUUUUCUUAGUACCUACUUACCUCCAGAAAAGGUUUUUGGCGACGUGAAAACAACUGGUUAAUUUUGAUCUCAUGAACAGGAUAUAGGUACAUCCAGUCAUCUAAUUGAAAGUAGUACCCACGCCAAAAUUACCAUGCAAAACGUUAUCAAUAGCGUGAAGGGCACUGCGUUAGGUUUUGCCGGAUUUUUGACUCCAGUCUUAAAGGAAUCAAAAUUUAAAGAAACUGGUGUAGUGACUCCAAAUGAGUUUGUUAUUGCUGGUGACCACUUGGUUCAUACAUGUCCAACAUGGGAAUGGGCUUGUGGUGACGAGUGCAAAACUAAAUCUUAUUUGCCAAAAAACAAACAAUAUUUAAUUACAAGGAAUGUUCCAUGUGUACGCCGAUGUAAACAAAUUGAGAACUGUGAAGUUCAAGAGAAUAUUGUGGAAUCCGAAGAUGGAAAUGAAGGAUGGGUUGAGACGCAUCAUUUUGAUUCUGCACUCUCGCCUUUGAGUGAAAAAAUAUCUGAGAUAUCAUUAGAAGGAAACCGGAACAGUUUAAAUGUUACAAGUCUUAACGCGGAUAAUCAUGUUUUAAAUAGUGCAACCAAUGAAAACCCAAAUGUAAGAAAUAUUAAUGUAGAUACUCAAAAGGUUUGUGCGGAUGAUGAUGAUGACGACGAGGAAGAAGGUGAUGCUGUAGACAUGGAUGCAUUUGUAGAAAGUGGUUUGCUUGAAGACGAUUCGGUAACUAUUUAUCCUGAACACACAAAACCUAAAAAGUUAUCAAGCUCAUCUGUUGAUGAAAUAUUAAAAACCCGAACAUAUGAUUUACAUAUUACUUAUGACAAAUUCUACCAAACUCCAAGACUGUGGCUUUAUGGUUAUAAUGAAAGUCAAGUACCAUUAAGUGUUGAAGAAAUGUAUGAAGAUGUAAGUCAAGAUUAUGCUAAGAAAACUGUUACCAUGGAAUCUCACCCACAUGUUCCAGGUCCUUCUAUGGCUUCAAUACAUCCCUGCAAGCAUGCAGAUAUCAUGAAAAAGUUAAUCCAAAUGGUGACCGACGGUGGGAGAGAUUUAGAAGUACACAUGUACUUAAUUAUAUUUUUGAAAUUUGUUCAAUCAGUCAUACCAACUAUAGAUUAUGAUUACACUCAAAAUAUUAAUUUAUAAUAGGAGUCAAGUAGUUCAAUUAAUUUGAUUCUAUGAAAAUAUCAGAGUAUAAUAAAAUUUAUUUUAAUUCAAAAUUCAUUCUUUUAACACAAUUAAUUGAUAAUUGAUCCAAUUAAAAUCAACAGUCUAUGUGGCCAAGCAAUCAAUAUACUAAAUUGUAAUAACAAGCCAUUAUUAUUUUAGUUAAUAUAAUUUAUGUUAAUAGUAAGAAGUAUAAAUUAACAUUUUUAACAAAAAAACUUAUUUUACUUGGAAAGUUUUUAUUAGCAAAAACAGUUAAAAGAAAACAUUUUUACAAAUGUAUAUAUUUUACUUAUACCUAAAAGGUUAAAAUGUUAUUUGUACUUAUUUUUAUAUUGAUAAUUGAUGAGAUUUCAAACUGUAUAAAAACUAUUUAAUAUGACAUAAUGUGAUUUCAGUUUUCUGCGGUUGACUUUUAACUUAAAAUUAAAAAUUAUUUAGAAUAUUUCUUUAAGAUUCUUAUUGUUAUGUUUUUUUAAGUUUUCAUUGUUGAAAUAUAUGCCAUUUGUUUAUAGUUUAUUUUUAAUCUAUUGUUGCUUAUAAAAUAUAAUAACGAAUAUUUUGUUUA